UCAAAAGAUAAUUUUGCAUCCGUAAAAAAUUCAAAGUGAUUAGCACGAUGGCUGAAGAAUCCAACGGAGAAUCCACAUUUGAGUUUGUCGAGAAAAAGACGGACGACAUGUCGAUAUCCGAGGAGACUGCAAAAACUGGCCCAAGUUUUUAUUUCAGACUCUUUGAGUAGUAUGUCAUCUACCGCAUCUUUGUUGCCACCUCUCGGUAUUUCGAUGUCAUCUGGAAACUUGCUCUCCAAUAUUGCUCCUCCGAGUGCUUUACCCGUUUUCAUGUCAACCCCUGUGCAGCUGCUGUCUGAAUCAAGUGUCUCCAACCAGACUACCCCGACAACAAAGAAUGGCGUUAAUUCUGGUUCUAUCAAGAAACAGCCAGAGUCACAAACUGAUGUCACAAACAAACAACCCCAGCAGGAAACGUAUUAUUUGGCAAGUUUUUCACCAGCAAUACCAUCUAAUGAGAAUACUGAACCACUGCAAACCACACCAGCCCAAGAUUUCAGCCUGUUUUCCUGGGUGAAGGAAAAUGUGACAAGCAGUAAAGUUGUGAAGAAGGUGGCUGAAACGGCAAAGAAUAGCGUAAACUACAUGUUAACUACUCUGGAUCCACAGAUGGAGCAGUUCAUGUAUCCUUAUGAGGAUGUAGAAGUUAUAGUUGCCUCCAAUAAAGACGUUAAGAUCAGCCCCAUACGGAAUGCCUUUGAAGGAAUUUUUGGUCAGGCUAAAGUUUCUGGUAUAGAAGUGAAAACCUCAACAGUAGCUGUGCAGCCUGUUGGAUUUGCUGCGGGCAUACAGGGAGCUGAAGAACGAAUUAGUUUGGCACGUAGUAAUUCCUCAGUUGGAAAAGAUGUGCCCAUUGUCGCAGUUGAAAACUUUUUACUCGAAGUUAGCGAAGGACAAUGGUACGACGUCGGAGUAAUUUUGUUGAGUGAUCCAAAAAAUAACAUAAAUUUAAAGACAUUCACACAAAUGACACCGGUACCCAGUCAUAUCGUUGAGUUAGCACAGCAGGCAACGUCAAAAGACUACGAUCUCCGAUCCACGGGUUUGGCUGUUACGGUCGGCAGUUUGAUAGCAAGUGAACUACAGGUAUCUCAUGACGAAUGGCAUCAUUCCCUCACUGGGGUCUCUCGACGACACAUUAUCCGACUCGCUGCUCAGUCAUUAGUCGGUAUAUACAUCAAAGCUGUCCCACGAUCUCAAAAAUUGCCCACGAGUCCUCUGCAGUCGCUGUAAAUACGAUUACGUUGAAUCUAAGUUAAUUUUAUUAUGCCAAACUACUUCUAACAAAAAGUGGAGUACUUUCAAUUUAAAAAUUUUUUUUUUUCCUCGAGGUAUUUUGUACAGAUUAAUUUAUAUAUAAAAUCAGACGAUUCAGUCCAACCUGAUCGACAUGUAUUUUACUUCGAGGUUGCCAGAAAGUGUAACUUGCAGAGCCUUUGAGAAGACUUACAAUUAAAUGUGAAACAAUCCUUGUAACCAUUAGCGGAUUUUGUGGAAGCUUGCGAUUCGGCGAAUAAUGGAUAAUCGCAAAACGUGGUGUAAGAAUAUCAAAAUCAUUGUAUCUGAACACGAAUAUAUAUUUUAAUUAAUCAAGUAUUGAACUCAGAUUGUUUACUUUAAUUAUCGAAGAAACCUUCAUAAUUCCCGACAAUCCCAAAUUAUUCAUUUGUGUACAAGGCAAGUAAAAUACAGCAAUUUAUUUUCCGAAUGAUCUCUUUAAUAUUUUGAAGCUUCCACGGUUAUUCAAGCAAUUCUAUCUUACAUCAGUCGUUAAUACCUUUCGUUUCUCUAACUCUGGAAUCAACUGGAAAACCAGAUAAACAAUGUGCGGAUUAGGAGUAAAAAAAUGAGUGUAAAAAACAUACAGGACAAGUUUGUUUAGUAUGUAUAAUAAAGGCAUCUAUAUAUUUCAAGAGUAAAAAAAAAAAAAAAAAAAAAA